UGGACCCCCCCCCACCCCCCAUCGCCCGCUCGUCAUAUGCGGUCCCCGGGUCCAAGGCGACGGAGCUGCAGCGGUCCCUUUUGAGGAGUGCCAUGGCUCGGAAGACCGACAUUACCUCGGUGUAUUACGGUGAGGCGCGCAAGUAUGACCCAAAGUUCAGAGGACCAAUUCAUGACAGGGGCCGCACAGAUGUGAUCUGUUGUGUCAUUUUUAUCAUUGUCAUCGUCGGCUACACCAUACUUGGCACUGUGGCUUGGUUCAACGGCGACCCCCGGAAGGUGGCCUACCCAACCGACAGCUACGGGAAGUUUUGCGGCCAGAACGAAUACGUAAACAAAACCAAAUUGUUCUACGUCAACAUUUUGAGAUGUACUAACCCCGCGGCGCUGAUUAACCUCCAGUGCCCUACAACCCAGCUCUGCGUCUCCAAGUGCCCUGACAGAUAUGCAACACUUCACGAUAGCGGGAUGAGCGAGGAUACCCAGGAGUAUUAUAAGCAAUUCUGCAAACCAGGCACUGACAUUAAGAAAACGAAAAGACUCCAACUCAUACGAGAUGAAGACUGCCCAGCUAUAAUCAUGCCAAGCAAACCUUUUCUUCAGCGGUGCUUCCCCGAUUUCAAGACAUCCAAUGACAACAAAAUCUUGUUCAAGGACAGCAAACACAAUGUUAGCGCCAAUGACCUGAAAGUCGCUGCCGGCAACAUGUCCGUUCUGCUGCAGGCUAAAGAUCUUAGUGCCAAGGUCUUUGAGGAUUUUGCAAAUUCUUGGGAUUGGAUCCUGAUCGGGAUGGUCAUCACCAUGGUGGUCAGCUUGAUUUUCAUCCUGUUGCUGCGCUUCAUUGCCGGCGUGCUGCUGUGGCUCAUCAUCGCCGGCGUUGUUGCUGCUGUCGGCUACGGUAUCGGCCACUGCUACUGGGAGUACAAGAGGCUUUCGGGGACGCUGGGCGCCGACAUCCCCAUCUCAGACGUCGGCUUCCAGACAGACUUCAGCAUCUACCUGCAGCUCAGCCAGACGUGGCUCAUUUUCUUGAUUGUGCUGUCUGUGAUCGAGGGCAUCAUUAUAAUGAUCCUGAUUUUCCUGAGGAAGAGGCUGCUGAUCGCCAUUGCAUUGCUGAAGGAAGCGAGCAAGGCCAUCAGCUACAUCAUGACUGCUCUUAUUUACCCAAUCUUCACCUUUUUGCUAUUGUGCAUCUGCUUCGCUUACGGAGCCGUUGUAGCGAUCUGUUUAGCGACGUCUGGCGCCGCCAUCUACGUGAUUACACCUUUAAACGAAAAAUGCCCGUCGGUCAACGUCAUGUGCGAUCCGAAGACGUUCGGUCCGGACAGCGUCGCUGACUCGGAUUGCGCCGGCUCCCAGUGCUUGUUUUCCCACUACGGCGGCGACAGCUUUUACUACCGCUACAUUUUGGUCCUCCAACUGUACAAUUUGUUCGCGUUCCUGUGGCUGGUCAACUUCGUCAUUGCGCUGGGCCAGUGCACCCUGGCCGGAGCCUUCGCCUCCUACUAUUGGGCCCUGAGGAAGCCCAAGGACAUCCCCCCGUGCCCGCUUUUUGCAUCCUUCAAUCGAGCCAUACAUUACCACACGGGCUCGCUGGCGUUCGGCGCUCUCGUCCUUUCUGUCGUGCAAAUGAUCCGCAUACUUCUUGAGUAUUUGGAUCAAAAACUGAAGCAGUCCCAGACCGCGUUUGCUCGCUUCAUGAUGUCCUGCCUCAAAUAUUGCUUCUGGUGCCUGGAACGGUUCAUCAAGUUCCUCAACAGAAACGCGUACAUCAUGAUAGCAAUAUAUGGAAAGAGCUUCUGCACCUCCUCCAAGGAUGCUUUCUUCCUCUUAUUGAGGAACGUUGUUCGCGUCGCCGUCCUGGACAAGGUGACGGACUUUCUUCUGUUCUUGGGCAAACUCCUCAUCGCGGGAAGCGUCGGUGAGUCGUCGCGAUCGAAUUUGCCGUCGACUCGUGUUUUGCCGAUCGACUCAAACGCGUCCUUCUCCUCUCGGAUUUCACGGGCGUCAGGCGUGCUGGCGUUUUUCUUCUUCACCCGCAAAAUCCCGCUGGUCGAAGGGGAGGCGCCCUCCCUCAACUUCUACUGGAUCCCUCUUGUGUCGGUGAUUUUGGGGUCCUACCUGGUGGCACAUGGCUUUUUUAGCGUCUACUCCAUGUGCGUGGACACGUUAUUCCUGUGCUUUUGCGAAGACCUGGAGAGGAACGACGGUUCCCAGUCCAGACCCUACUACAUGUCUCCCGAACUGUGCAAGAUCCUGCACAUAGAGGACAACGAAAACGCUUCCCAGUGAGCGAAACGUUCCGACGAACUCUCGGCUGACGCGAACUUUCCUUCAUAUCCGCCCAACUGGGACGACGAGAACUUUUUUUUCCUAACGCUUCUUCAAGCAAGUUCAACUCCUUUCUCACUUUCAAAUGUUCUUCCUUUUUUCUCUUUCCUGCAUUUUUCUGCCUUACUGAGUCCAAUCACUUGCCACAAUGAUGAUUAUAAAGACAAAAAAAAAAAAAUAAAAAUAAAAAUGAGGACCUACACGGACGGGGCUCCCUGCAGGAAACGGCAAUCACCAUAUUAAAAGUAAAAAGUGAUGCGUCACUUUGUUCUUCUGGUGUAAUAUCACGUUUUGUAUGCACUUUCACAUCUGCAACAUUACAGUGCGAGUUACAUAGAAAGUCAACGGAGGCCCGUUAAAAUAGCUGGCGGGGGAUUGUCUAGGGUGCUCAUGCGACCUGAAACAUGUGCAAUCCAACUGAAAAACAACCACACCACGAUUUGAAUUUGAAAAAUAAUGUGAAACAGGAUUUGAAUUA